AUGUUUAUUGACAAAAAUAAAAGACUCCCUGCAAUUUUUGAUGGAGAUCUUAUUUAUUUACGGACAGCUGAUUAUUUAUUUUAGCCAUUUUCAAUAAGCAAGAGAACACUUGAAUACUAGUUAGUAAAUCUAGGUAAGAUUUAGACAAACUUUUUUUUGACUUCAUAAAUAACUAAAGAGAUAUUUAAAAUUGAAUUUAAUAAUAUUUCAGCUUACUCAUUUGACCUAUAAUAUCUUGGUAAAAUUCUAUCUGGAUUCUUCAUAACAAAUUAUUUCUAUGAUGAUAAAUAAAUAUACUUUUGUGAAUUUGAUUUUUUUUAUAAAUUUGAUCUCCUUACAAAACAAUUAUUUAAUUUAACAACAACAAGUACAUCUAUAAACGCGUAACCAGUUGAAUAAAUAAUUAAUUAUUAUCGUUUAGAUGAAACAAAAUACUACAAGAAAUCAGAAAAUAUCAUAGAUAGUUAAAAUAUGAUAAUAAUUAAAACAUAACAAGAAGAUAACAUAUAUAUUGGGUAAACUCAAUAGGGUGAUUCUCAAAUUCACUUCUUCUAAUCAUAGAAUGACUUCUAUUGGCAUAUAAAUUUAUUUAAUAAUCCUUACCGUAUUUUAAAUUUAAAUUCUUAGAAUUAGAUAUUUCUAGCAUAAGAAUUUGAUGAUGGUUAAAACUGGAUUGCAGUUUAUGAUAAGAGCUCUAAUUAAAUUACUAUUUACAAUUCAACAGACAUUUUUAAAAUUAUCGAUAUAAAUUUUUUGCUAUAAUCAGACAUUAGCAUUUACGUUUUAAAUUGGAUUUAACCACAAUUCAUUUAUGUAAAAAAUAAUUCGCUGUAUUUAUUUGCUGCUUUUUCAAAUACUUAAGUUAAGCAAAUAUGUAUUUUAGAUUCUAAGAUAAUUUAGUAUAGAGUAUGCUAGUAGCAAAAUAUUAUAGUUACAUUAACAAGCUAAAAUAUCAUUUACUCUAUAAACGUAAAAUUUUUAAUCAAAUUCUAAUUCUUAAUUAACUUUUAUUUAUUUUAUAAUAGAUGUUAGAUUUUAGUUAAAUUUAAAUAAACUUGA